CGCUCGAUACCGGCCAGUCGCUGGUCUGAUUCGCGAGCGACUGUUCGCGCCUACAAUCGAACCCAUUGGAAACGAAAAUAAACACUCAAAUUUGAUGCAUCGAAGUUUUAUACACACUGGCUGAAGUGUUAUGUAACAAACGUGAUGUGUGUUGUAUGAAUUUGUGGUGAAUUUUACAGUUGAAUCGGAGCCUGUUGUAUGGGGGAUUUUCUCGGCGAUUAGCACUCAUGGCCGUAUAAAGAUGGCUUGAGUAAUGGAGGGCGAUUGUGCGGAGGAGGGCUGGCUGCUGGUGCGCGUGCACGUGCCCGAGCUGAACGUGCAGAAGAGCCUGCAGUUCUCUCGCGACCAGCUCGUGUGGGACGUCAAGCAGCAGUGCCUUGCCGCCUUGCCUAAGGUGGCCACUUGGUAUCGGGAAUUGAAAGAGAGCUUCAACUAUGGUCUGUUCUGCCCACCUGUCAACGGCAAGGCCGGUAAGUUCCUGGAUGAGGAACGACGUCUCGGUGACUAUCCUUUUAACGGACCUGUUGGAUACCUGGAGUUGAAAUAUAAAAGACGCGUGUACAAGAUGUUGAAACUGGACGAAAAGACACUGAAAGCAUUGCACUCGCGAGCGAAUCUUCGACGUUUCUUGGAACACGUGACGCACGCACAGAUAGACAAAAUAACGAAGGCCUGUGCUAAAGGACUCGAUCCCAAUUUUCAUUGUCAAGAUACUGGCGAAUCUCCGCUUACAAUCGCUGCUGGCCUUAAAUCACCUGGUAAAGUAUUGAUCGCCCUCGUAAAUGGUGGAGCUCUCCUCGACUAUCGGACUAAAGAUGGCAGUACAGCGAUGCACCGAGCUGUUGAAAAGAACUCCUUAGAAGCAGUUAAAACUUUAUUAGAACUUGGAGCGUCACCAAAUUAUAAAGAUGGCAAAGGAUUAACGCCUUUAUAUCUGUCAGUAACGAACAAAACCGAUCCCUUAUUGUGUGAAACGUUACUCCACGAUCAUGCGACGAUUGGGGCCACUGAUUUACAGGGAUGGCAAGAAGUUCAUCAGGCUUGUCGAAAUGGCUUAGUUCAACAUCUGGACCACCUGCUGUUCUACGGCGCGGAUAUGAAUGGACGCAAUGCGUCCGGUAACACACCAUUGCACGUUUGUGCAGUCAACGCACAAGACUCCUGCGCGAGACAAUUACUCUUCAGAGGCUGUGACAAAGAAUCGUUGAACUUUGCAAACCAGACGCCGUAUCAGGUCGCAGUUAUAGCUGGAAAUUUAGAAUUGGCAGAGGUGAUAAAGAAUUACAAAUCAGAAGAAGUUGUUCCGUUUCGCGGUCCACCGCGCUACAACCCGCGGAGGCGAUCGGGCGCGUGGGGCGGCUGGUGGAGCGCCGGCGACCGCUCCUCGCUCGCCUCGUCCACGCGCAUCCCCGCCGAGCUGGACGCGCUGCUGCGCCGCCCGCCUGGCGCCACGCACUCGCCCUGCAGCCUCGACAGGCCCUUCUCGUCCGCCUCCUCGAGCAUCAGCGACGCGAGCCACCCCAGCCACGAGGACGACGCUAGCAUACUCACAGAUAAGAGCGCGGGCGACACUAGCGACAUCAUCUCGGACUCGAGCGGCGUGGGCACGAGCACGUCCGACACCACCACGUGCUCGCUGCAGGGCGGCGCCACCGUCGUGUGCCUCACGCCGUGCGAGCCCGCCGCGCCCGGGCAUCUGCGCCUCAACCAGGGGGACAUCAUCGAAGUAACGGGAGCAACGGAUGAAGGUUUACUGGAGGGUACCGUUCGAGGCUCGGCAGCUAGCGGGCUGUUUCCCGCGCACUGCGUGCAAGAAGUGCGGCUGCGGCAAAACGCACACCUGCACCAGGUCCUUUCAUCGGGACCGAUCCACCAUUCACGGGUAACAGGUCGGAGAGAGAUGGCACUGAGUAAAACUUACAGUGCCACUGCACCUAGGAUAAAGAAAUCGUACGGCAACAUGGAGACGCGCACGGUGGUGCUGCACCGCGCGCGGCGCGGGUUCGGCUUCGUGCUGCGCGGCGCCAAGGCGUCGUCGCCGCUCAUGGAGCUGCGGCCGUCCGAGCGCUGCCCCGCGCUGCAGUACCUGGACGACGUGGACGCGGGCGGCGUGGCGGACCGCGCCGGCCUGCGCAAGGGGGACUUCCUCGUCGCGAUCAACGGCGAGGACGUGUCGGCGGCUUCGCACGAGCACGUGGUGGAGCUCAUCCGCGGCUCGGGCGCGCUCGUCUCAAUGACCGUCGUAUCGCUCGCGCACGCAGUCAGCAAUGAGAUCAACAUGUGUACCGUGCCUACGAGUAAAUCACAAAAUCAACUGUCGAGUUCCGGGCGGCCGUAUGCCGCCACCUUACCCAGGAAAGCGGCGGGUGGCCGCAGCCCCGCGCCCGCCCCGCCGCGCCGCGACCCGCGCACCACGCUCAGCGUGGGCCGCGCGCGCGCCAAGUCCAUGGUCGCCGGCCUCGAAAAUGGCGGUGAAAAAGAAGAGAGUUGCGAACCUUUAAGUGUCGCCGGCAAGUCGUCGUCUGCUGAAUCUGUUCAGUUACAUGGCGGCAGCAAUACGAGCGCGCCGGGCGCCGGCACGCCGCCCGCGCCGCGCACGGCCUCCAUCCGGGCCCGGCCCGCGUCCGGCCGCAUCACGGCCGCCGAGCUGGAGGAGCUGUUCCAGCGACAGGCCGGCGCCGACAACGCCAGCAGCAACAGUGCUAUGAUGACGCGGUCGGCCUUCCAGGGCGGCUCGGGCUCCCCGCCCGCCUCGCCCGCGCGCUCGCGCGUCUACGCCUCCGUGGCCGAGAUGAAGCGGAACAAGGGCAAGGUGUGGAGCAAGACCGCGUCCCUGCGCCGAGACUUCCACUCCACGCCGGACCUCGCGGCCGAGCUGACGGCGCACCCGCCGCGCACGCGGUCCAGCGAGGACGUGCACGGCCCGGCGCGCGGGCCGCCGCCGGCCGAGGCGCCGCCGCCGCCGCCCGGCGCGCCCGCCUCGUCCUUCCGCCCCGCCGCGCCCGCCAAGCUGUACGCGUCCCCGCGCGACCUGGCCGCCGUCGCCUACCGCCCCGCCGCAGACCAGACCGUGCGGGGCGCGACUGCGAGCGCGCCGCGCCCGUGGGCGGGCCGCGCGCGCGCCGCGUCCGCCGACGACGCCGCGCACCAGUACGCGCAGCCCAUCAACCUGCACAAGGGGUUCACGAGACAGAGCUCUACGCCCGCGCCGCCCAUCCCGGAGCCCGACUACAGCAUGUCGGAGUCCGACGACGAGACGCCCAAGCGCGCCGGCGAGCCGCCCGGGGAGACCAGCGCCAACAGCAACACCAGCGGCAGCAGCUCCGGCUCCGGCUCGAUGCAGCACUCGUUCUCCGUCGACGAGAUCCAGAAGAUCCGCACGCGACUCAAGUCGUCCAAGUCGUGCGGCGACGAGCUGGCGGGCGAGCGCGACGACGGCGACAACUCGUCGUCCGGCGUGUCGUCCGACCAGGAGGCGCAGGCGCGGCCGCGGCGCGACAAGGUCUCCUUCUGCAGCUCCGUCACCGUGAAGUCGUCCAACGACGUCAUCAGCACCGAGCCCGUGCACAGCUCCAGCGAGAGCCUGGCGCCGGCCGCCAUGGCGCGCCACAACUCGCUGACGCGCCGCCGCGCCGCCGCCGCCGUCAUGCGCGCCGGCGCCGCGCGCGGCCGCUCGGCCGCCGAGCGCCUGGGCGUCGACCCCGAGCGCGCGCCCGGCCGGCGCCGCGCCGCCGUGUCGCUGGCCGAGCUGCCGCCGCCGCCCGAGGAGCCGGCCGGCGAGCCGCCCGGCGCGCCGCCCGUGCUGGCGCCGCCGCCGCAGUUCAGCGACCGCGUGCGCGUGGUGGCGGCGCUGCCCAAGCUGCACUAGCCGCGCCCGAGCGCCGCGCGAGCGCCUCAAGCCAAAGAUUAUAUAUUUAUUGUCGACGAGUCGGAGGCCGCCGUGCAUUCCUCGCCGCGGUCCCCUCGUAGUCUCCGAGUGUCAAAGUUUAACCCUCUCGCUGAAUUCGCUCAUUCGCAUCGAUUCGCUCCUCUUUUCGACUUUCCACCCCUCCCCCGCAACCGAGUGCCAUCGUGUCUAUGAUUUUGUAAUAUUUUUAUAUAUAUUUGUAAAUAUUUUACGAGAGCUAUUUUGAGUGUCGAAAGAGUGGACUAGGUAUUUGUAUAUACGAAAAUAUAUCCGGCCAACGAAAACGAUAUAUAAGAAUAUGAUAUAAUCGCAAUAUUUAUAAGUAAAGUUUAUUAUUAUUAUUGAAUUUUAUUCAUGUUUAAAAAAAAUAUUUAUUUCAUUCGUCCAUGAAUAUAUCGAGAAGUCCACUCUUUUGACGGAAAGGAAUUUUCAAUAUAACUUGUACAAGGCCGAAGCCGUCAACUUGAAUGUGUUCUCACCGAGACUAGUGCUCAUUAAAAAUUCAAUGCUUUAGUGCGUCAUCCGUUCCAUUAUAAUGUAAAUUUUUAUAUUAGGUCUUUCGAUGUGCCAUGAUUUCACUACAAAAAGAUUAGAUUCACAAGAAAAAUACAGCAGUACGUCACAAAAAAAGAAUAUAUACAAAUCCUUAUUAUAAUAAUAAAUAUCAAUUUAAAAAAUAUAUAUUUGUGCUGGAACCGUGGUACGUCAUAGAAUCAAAUAUUACGAAUAUUUAACACCAAUAUUGAAAUUUUAUACUCUAAUUAUUUGCGUCUCUUUUAGGUUAGAAAGCACGCUGCGUAAAUUUCGUAUAAAUUAAAAACUACGCUUAUAAUGAGACGUGUUGAAUUAAUUUUCAUUUUGAAAAUUUAUAAAACUGUCUAACUCGCGUUAGUAAAAGUAAUGUAUUGUAAAAAUCUCCAUAUUUCGCCUCGUGUACUAUUAUUAUUAAAUAUUUCGGAAAAAUAAUAAUAAUACGAAAUAUAGAACUUUUGUAUAUAGAUAAUACAAAAUCUUCUAGCUUCAAAUUAAAAUCUUAAACCCAUGCCGGAGAUUAUCGGUCUAAAAUAAAAAUUUAUAUCUCACGCAGCUUUGCUUUCUUAGCUUAGAGUAAACGGCCGCAAAUUCAGCCUAAAUAAGCUAUUUUAUUAUAGCACCUAUUACAGAGUACUAAAGUUCAAAAUGCAACGGGCCUGGAUAAUUUGCAAUUGAAAAUGUCGACUCAGCGACUUUACUAUUUAGGAAUUGCCUGAGAAUGGAAUUAUAUUUUCAAUAUUCUAGAUUUGAGUAUACACAGGGUUAGGUGGUUUUCCUUUCUAACCUCACUUUUGAUAAUUAUUAUACAAUAAUAACGAAUUAUAGCAAAUUAAACUUAAGGUCGUCAUUGGACAGGUAUUCAAUUUCGUAACAUUGAUAGACUGGAGUGAACGAGAAUUGAAAUAGGGAUAGUUAAUAGUAGCCUAGAUGAUCCACCCUGUGUAUACUCGGGGUAAUUAUAGCUAAAUUGUAGCAAAUAACAAAUUAGCUCAAGUCGAAACAUUUAGCGGGUUUAAUAGGACCCAGUUUAUAUUAUUAGCACAAUCAAUUAAUUUCUAUUAAUUAUUAUUGAGUUAUAAUCUUCUUGUCAUUAAUUUAAGUUGUAUAAAUGUAUUGUCUACUUAAGGCAUAGAUAGGUAGUAGUAAUUAUAUUAGGGCAAUAUUGAUGAUUCUAGAAUAACCGAACGGGAAAGCGGCCCGUCUUUGAAUUGAGGAUGAAUUUUUAUAUGGAUGUCUGUAUAUAAUCAUAAGUUGAUACAUCGUUGGAAAUAUUUAAGAUUAUUUUAUAUUAUGGUUGUUUUUGGGUAUAUGUUGAUUUUUCGAAUACUUUUAUUAUAAACGAUUUAACAUUUAAAACAUGUGUAGCCACUGAAGAUUCAGUUCGCAAUUCGGGACGAGGCCGCUGCAUUUUUGUAUAAUAUAUACCAACAAUUGUGUUUUACGUUUCAUUUGAAUCUCAGUAUCGGACGUGUAACUACAACUUGGUAUUUUCAAAUGAAAAUUAAAUGUUUCAUCACUCA